AUGCGACCCAGGUUUUCCUCACAACAUAGCUCGAGGCAUUGGCUGAGGUCAAGGUCGCAGAUUCAUAGGUGGUUUGCCUCAGAGGCUUCACCUAGUACAGCGUCUUUGAGCCGAUUUGAGCAACAUCGGCAUGUUGAUUUGCAGAAGUUUACGCGCAAGGUCAACGAGAUCCGCCAUCGUUUGGGACGACCUUUGACUUAUGCAGAAAAGGUUCUCUAUGCUUACCUAGAUGACGCCUCAAACGACGAGAAUAUAGUACGGGGGAAAACACAGCUGAAAUUGCGGCCCUUACGAAUCGCCUGCCAAGAUGCUACUGCUCAAAUGGCUCUCAUCCAGUUCAUGUCUGCAGGGCUUGAAUCUACCGCAGUUCCAACAACAGUACAUUGUGAUCAUUUAAUUGUUAGUCGGGAUGGCGAGACUGAGGAUCUUCCUCGGGCUCUCGAGGCCCACCAAGAGGUGUAUGACUUCAUGGAAAGUGCCUGCCAAAGAUAUAAUAUGGGCUUCUGGAAGCCUGGCGCAGGGAUCAUUCAUCAGAUUGUGCUCGAAAAUUACGCUUUCCCCGGUGGUAUCAUGGUCGGGACUGAUUCUCAUACCCCAAAUGCUGGAGGUAUGGGUAUGAUUGCGAUCGGAGUGGGUGGCGCCGAUGCAGUGGACGUCAUGGCUGGUUUACCGUUGGAAUUAACAGCACCUCGUGUUCUUGGUGUUAAAUUAACCGGAGAACUCACUGGAUGGGCAUCUCCCAAAGAUGUGAUCAAUAAGCUUGCCAGUCUGAUAUCUGUCAAGGGAGGGACUGGAUCCAUUGUCGAAUACUUCGGGCCAGGCACGAAGGGACUCUCGGCGACUGGAAUGGCCACAAUUUGUAACAUGGGCGCCGAGACGGGUGCUACCACGUCUAUCUUCCCUUACUCUCCCCAGAUGGCAGCGUAUCUUCGUGCAAACCGCAGACCGGACAUGGCUCAGGCGGUCGAGUCGGUCUCCCAUGAGCUGCGUGCUGACCAUGGGGCAGAGUACGAUCGUGUCAUAGAGAUUGACUUAUCAACCUUGGAACCACAGAUCAAUGGACCCUUUACGCCAGAUCUCGCCACCCCGCUGUCUAAGUUUCAGUCGGCUGUGAAGGGGAAGGAGUGGCCAAUGCUCACGGCUGGCCUGAUCGGAUCGUGUACCAACUCCUCAUUUGGAGACAUGACACGCGCCGCUAGCGUGGCUCAACAAGCACUGGAUGCUGGUCUCAAGCCAAAAGUACCUCUACUGGUGUCUCCCGGUAGUUUGCAGACUCGACGGACACUCGAAAACGCUGGGAUUGUCGAUGUCCUCGAAAAGGUUGGGGCGACGAUGCUGACCAACGCCUGUGGUCCCUGCUGUGGCUCUUGGGACCGUACUGACAUGCCAAAAGGGACGCCCAACUCCAUCAUUACCUCGUACAAUCGUAACUUUUCAGGCCGUCUAGAUUCUAACCCAGCAACCCAUGUGUUUCUUUCCUCCCCGGAGGUUGUCAUGGGAAAGAUAUUCUCCAACGAUCUUUCUUUCAACCCAAAUGAGGACAGUCUGACGACUCCCUCAGGAGAGGAAUUUCGCUUUACUCCUCCUGUUGGCCAGUCACUUCCCAGCCAGGGAUAUGAAGAUUCAGAUUCUGCCUACCUAGCCCCUCCUCCUGGCGAUCGCAGUCAUAUACAGGUUCAGAUUUCUCCCUCCUCUCAACGCCUGCAGAAGCUCGCCCCAUUCAAGCCCUGGUCCGGAAAUGAUUUCGAGGACUGCCUCGUUCUCAUCAAAACCAAGGGCAAGUGCACCACCGACCAUAUCACUCCCGCUGGCCCCUGGUUCCGUUUUCGGGGUCACCUUGAGAACAUCUCCAACAAUACCUUGAUUGGGGCAGUCAACGCGGAAACUGAGCAGGUCAACCAGAUCCGCAAUCGCUUGACAGGUGAAGACGGUGGCGUGCCCGACACGGCCCGGGACUAUCAAGCCAAAGGUCGCCCUUGGGUGGUGAUUGCCGACCAUAACUACGGGGAGGGAUCCUCCCGUGAACACGCCGCUCUUCAGCCUCGGUACCUUGGAGGCGUUGCCAUCAUGCUAAAAGCUUUGCGCGCGGAUUAUGACCACAUCUGUUCUUCGGAUCUCGUCAGUAUCAAGGGCCUGGCGACCCUGACUCCUGGCCAACCGCUCACACUCUUGGUAACUCCCACGGGAUCCUCUAGUGAGCCCUGGCAGGCGGAGGUUUCUCAUUCGUUUACCCAGGAGCAGAUUGAGUACUUCAAGGCCGGCAGUGCACUUAAUCUGAUGUCCAAGCACCUUUCCUAG